AUUCUCUGCCUGCACACGGUCCAGGAAAUGGCCCCUCUAGCCAGAUACGGCCUGCUUCUCGCAGCUGCCUGCCUUCCCUUCGCGACAGCAGACGGUCAAUACCGAUCUCGGCCAGACAUAUCCACUCCUCAGCUCAACAUCACCGUCCCAGCCCCCGAUGCCAACGGUACCGAGUAUGUGUUCAUCGCUCCGUACUCGGAUUACAUCCAGCAGAGCGGUGCAUACAUCUACCGCAAGAAUGGUGACUUGAUCUGGUCCGGAAUCGGGUACUAUGCCGGCUUCGUGGCCAACUUCCACACUACAACGUACCAUGGCGAGACCGUUCUGCAGGCGUUCCAGGGGACGAUGGACACGCUGCAUGGCGAGGGCUUUGGUCAAUAUGUCCUAUUGAACCAGAACUAUGAGCAUGUCGUGACGGCAAAGACGGGGAAUCAUCGCAUCCCGUCCAUUCACGAGUUUAAUGUGAUCGAUGGCAAAACCGCGCUGGUGGAGAUCUAUCUUCCCACUGUUGCCAACUUGUCCGCUUAUGGAGGAAACCCGUCCCAGCAGUGGAUCGGGAAUGGCCUUUUCCAGGAAUUUGACAUCGAAACCGGCGAGCUAGUCUUCGAGUGGAACUCGCUCGAUCAUCUCGAUCCCGCAGACAGUCUGAUCAAACUCAACUCUUCGAGCGCCGAAAGCGGCCUCAACUCCACGGACACAUGGGACUACGUCCACCUGAACAGCGUCGACAAAGACAAAGAAGGCAACUACCUCCUCUCGUCGCGCCACUUCAGCACCAUCUUCAAGAUCAACGGUUCCGACGGCUCAAUCAUCUGGCAACUAGGUGGCCUCCACUCGACCUUUACCUACAACUUCACCUUCGGAUUCCAGCACCACGCGCGGUGGCACUACGAAUCGGAGCAGAAGGAGGUCAUCUCCUUUUUCGACAACUCCGGCGACGGUACAAUAACCUUUAACAAUGUGUCCCGGGCUCUGAUCGUGGAGCUGGACCACACAAACAACACCGCCACAAUCCUCCGCAAAGCGACCGCCCCGUACGGAAUCCAGGCCGCCUCGCAGGGUAACGUACAGUUACUUUCUGACGCCAACCUCUUCGUGAACUGGGGCCAGGCCGGUGCCAUCACACAGUUCAACUCCGAUAACGAGGUCAUAUACCAUGCCUUCAUCGAAGAAGCUGUCAGCUAUCGCGGUUUCCUAUCCAACUGGACCGGUACGCCGUACGAGGACCCGGCUAUUGCUGCAUACGUGGACUCCUCAAACACCACCCGGCUGUACGUUUCGUGGAACGGCGACACGGAGACGAGGGGUUGGAGGUUCUAUCAGACUGCGUCGGGGAAUCAGACUCAGUAUCUUGGAGCGGUGGCAAGGACGUCUUUCGAGACUACUUUGCUUUGGGAGAGUGAGGAGCAUCCAGCAAAGUCGGGGGCGUAUUAUGCGGAGGCUGUGGAUGCAGAGAAUAGGGUCCUUGGGCGGACGAAUCCUGUCACCGCGACGGAGUAUAUCAGGAUCAAUAGCUGGUAGUGAAGUCUCGGACGACUGGCUGUGUAUAUAGACAUUGUCAAGCUCUAACUAAAAUAUGAAU